AUGUCUACUCCCACUCGAAUCUUUGCCGGGGUCCCUCUCAUAGACACCCCCCUCGUCCAGAAAGCCAUCGACUUCGCCCGCCAUCACAACGACACCCUCUCAUUCAACCACGCCUACCGCUCAUGGGUCUUCGGCGUCAUCAUCGCCUCCAAACUCCCCUCUUUCUCAGACAUCGAUCAUGAAGUCCACGCUGUGUCUGCUCUCCUCCACGAUCUCGCCUGGGACUGCAGGACCAGUCCCUUCGUCUCACCAGACAAACGCUUCGAAGUUGACAGUGCCAACGCCGCGCGAGACUUCCUCACCCGCGAGGCUUCACACUUCGACGCUCGUCAGCGUCAGCUCGUAUGGGAUAGUAUUGCGCUGCAUACGACUUCGAGUAUUGCGCGUCAUAAAGAGCCCGAAGUCGCGGUCUGCAGUAUGGGCAUUUUUGCGGAUUUCAGGGGUCCGCAGUUCCCUGGGGGGCUGCUUACAAAGGCCGAGUACAAUGCGGUCGUUGCGGAGUUGCCGGCUGAUGGGUUUAAGGUGGGAGUUAAGGAGUUGAUGUGUGAAUUGUGUGAGAAGAAGCCGGAGACGACGUAUGAUAAUUUCGUGCGAGAUUUUGGGGAGAGGUUUGUGCAGGGAUAUCCGUUGGGGAAAGGGAAUAAGGUAGAAGUGUUGAUCGGGAGGAUUGACCAUUGA